AUUUAGAUUGAAUUUGAGAAAAAAAUUGAAGAAUGGAGAAGACGAAGAACAAGUACAGUAUCAUAGUCCCAACCUACAACGAGCGCCUCAACAUCGCCCUCCUCGUCUACCUCGUCUUCAAGCAUCUCCGGGAUGUUGACUUUGAGAUAAUCAUUGUAGACGAUGGAUCGCCUGACGGGACUCAGCUGGUGGUUCAGCAAUUGCAGGACCUCUACGGUCAGGAUCGCAUCCUGUUGAGAGCUAGACCGAGGAAGCUUGGGUUGGGAACGGCUUACAUUCAUGGAUUGAAGCAUGCCUCUGGGGAUUUUGUUGUGAUAAUGGAUGCGGAUUUGUCGCAUCAUCCAAAGUAUUUGCCAAGCUUCAUCAAGAAACAGUUGGAGACUAAUGCUAGUAUAGUUACUGGAACCCGUUAUGUUAAAGGUGGGGGUGUACAUGGGUGGAAUCUUAUGCGCAAACUAACUAGUAGGGGAGCCAAUGUACUUGCACAGACGCUUUUAUGGCCUGGUGUAUCAGACUUGACAGGAUCUUUCAGGCUUUAUAAAAAAUCAGCUCUUGAAGAUAUCAUUAGUUCAUGUGUCAGCAAGGGAUAUGUAUUUCAGAUGGAAAUGAUAGUUCGGGCUUCUAGAAAAGGCUACCAUAUUGAAGAGGUUCCAAUCACUUUUGUUGACAGAGUAUAUGGAAUUUCAAAGCUCGGUGGUUCUGAAAUUGUUGAAUAUCUGAAAGGCCUUGCAUAUCUUCUUGUUACAACAUGAGAUGCAUUACUACACAGUUCACUGCCAUCAGCAUUCAUACUGAGAGCAUUUGUAAACGUUUUGAGUUACUUCUAUCCCGUUGGGUUAUGACUUGGAUAUUGAAACUCAAUUAAGGCCAUCUUAAAUGGUUUUCAUAGUUAUAUAUGAGUUGCUAGUGAUAGAUCUUUGAAAGUAC